AUGCAAAAUGUACAAGAUUGUCGUUUCCAGAAGAUUCCAAAACAACUUGGUGAAGUUGCAGCAUUUGGUGGAUCAAGUGUUGAACCAAGUGUUCAAAGUUGUUUUGAAUAUGCACAUAAUCCAGAUGUAAUAACAGCUGAUGAUUUUCUUGAAUGGGUUAAACUUGAACCUCAAUCACUUGUAUGGUUACCUGUAUUACAUCGUUUAGCAGCAAGUGAAAUAGCUAAACAUGAAGCACGUUGUAAUAUAUGUAAAAUAUAUCCUAUACUUGGAUUUCGUUAUCGUUCAUUAAGACAUUUUAAUUGUGAUAUAUGUCAAAAUUGUUUUUUUUCUGGUAAACAAACAAAAGUUUUUAAAAUGGCUGAUCCAUUACAAGAAUAUUAUACUGAAACAACAUCUUCAGAAGAUAUUCGAGAUUUUUUUCGUACAUUUAAAAAUAAAUUAUGGAGUAAACAUAGAAAAACUCCUAAACUUGGUUAUUUACCAUUACCACAUGUUUUUGAUAAUACUUUAUCAACAAAUGAACAACAAAUAUUACCAUCACCAAUAUUAAUUUCUCCAUUAACUACACCUUCUAAACCUGAUAUUGAAAUUACACAAGAAAUUUCUCCAUCCAUGGAAUCUGAUGAUGAACAUUGUAUUAUUGCAAAACAUUGUAGAAAUUUGAGUAAUGCUUCACAUAAAUCGCCUGAUGUUACCGCUUAUGAAUCUUUACAUGGUUCAACUUCACUUGAUAGUGAUGAACGUGCUGAAUUAGAAGCUAUAAUUCAUGAUCUCGAAGAUGAAAAUCGUCUUUUACAAAAUGAAUAUGAACGUCUUUGUCAAGAACAUAGAGAAAAAUGUUUAAUUAUAAAUGAACAACACGAACAAUUACAAUUAGAUGAUAAUUCCGUAGAAGUUUUUAAUGAUCGUAAAAUAUUACGUGAAGCAAAACAAUUAAGACAACAUAAAAUUAAAUUAGAACAACGAAUGAAAAUUCUUGAAGAACAUAAUAAACAAUUAGAAAAACAAUUAAAACGUUCAAAACAAUUAUUACUAAAAGAGUCUCCUCCCGUACCGACUAUGCGUCGUUCAAUUGAUCGAAAUGUUGAACGACAAUCAAAUUUAAUGACAAUCGAUAAUCUAUUUCAUAUGGCUGAUGAUAUUAAUCGUGCCAUUGGCGAUCUUGUUUCUGUAAUAACCGAACCACAAUCAAAUACAUCUUCAAAUUAUUAUCAACAAAUUGUAACUUCAUAA